AUGCUUUUCUCAUCACCUAUCCCCGUUAUAUUCUCAUUGUUGAUGGCCUCAACCUUCACUUUGACUGAAGCGGCUGUUGUUCCUAGAGAUAACGAAGCUGAUUCCUUAGUCAGCUUGGGAUUGUUCUUUGCGUAUUUGGAAUGGGAAGAAACGAUUGAAAAAGUUAAAAACGAAACUACUGAACCAUGUGUUUUCAUCACCAGCCCACCACUUGUCAGAGUAAAUUCUACUAACUUGAACGAAGGGAAUGGUGCCGGUCAAAGAAUACAUUGGAGUCUUAACGAAACUGGUACAGUCCACGUAGCGAAUUUCACUUCUGCUGGUAAUAUCAUCAGUAACGACAAUACCAAUACCAAAACCAAUGGCGAUAUUAGUAAUCCUGCACAACAAGAGAUAAAGGAAGAACAAUUUUUAGUCACUUUUUUACAAGCUGAUACUGAGGGAAUCAAAUAUGAUGACGAUGCUAAAGAACAGACCAAGACUGUUGAGCCAAGACCCACUAAAAGUGCUUCGUGUACAGUCAGUGUGACUGCUAAACCCACCGGUCAACAUUUCUUCAAUCUAACCCAAAUUGCUGAGCAGAAAAUGAUCAACUAUACCACUUCAGAAGGUGAAUGGGGCGCUACAUGCACCGAGGUAUCCUCAGCCCCUACAGCCAAGUAA